AUGGAACCUUUAGGCCCAACGAAAGGGCCAGUGGAUUCAUUUUACCCGCCUCUGGAGCUGAUGUCAUACAUCACCAAUUCUGCAUAUGGCACAUUCGGUGGGAUUUACACCGCGCCUAAAGAUCAAGCACAAGAUUCAGGUGAUGGAUCUUACCACUACUGCAGCAUGCCUCAUCCACAGCCAGACCAUUACCAACUACCAUUUUCGAUUCGGAAUCGCUCUGUUGAGGCACAAUUAGUGUAUGUGGAGUACAUGCAACGACAUCAGCGUCGUACACCUUAUAAUAUCCUGCCAGUAGGCGAGGAUCAGACAUAUAACUGUGACGAUGUUCGUCCAUAUCUAUAUACGGCACCUGAUAGCAACAGCUCAUCACCGAUACCAAUGUAUGGCCAAACAUACACAGAUCUCACCAAUCCAUAUGCUAAAGGCUAUGUCAAUGGCACCUGUCAAUAUCCACAAUUGACUAUUGGUGGAUUUCUGGACGGCUAUCAACAUGGGCGUGACCUUUGGGCCGUCUAUGGAGACAAGCUGGGUCUUCUGCCAUCCAGCCCAGAAAGUCAAAAGGUGUGGUUCAGAUCCAGUCACUCGCCUCUGACACAGCAGUCGGCAGGGGCUGUUCUGCGUGGUAUUUGGCCUGACCAUGACGGAACGCUGCCAUUGCACCAACAGUCUCCCGAGAUAGAUACGGUAAAUCGCGGCUUUCCAUGUCCGGCACGUUCGAGAUUGCUUUCAAAGAUCCAAUCCUCUAGCGAAUGGAGCCGUCACCUCACUGAGACUAAGACGUUACGCGACAGGCUUGCAACCAUCUUCAGUGCAGACAAGUCAGACUGGAUGUCAUCGUUUGACCACUUUGCCGACAAUUUCCAAGGGAGAUUAUGUAAUGGCUACCGUUUACCUUGUAGCCUCAAGGACCCCUCCAUAUGUGUCACAGAGAAUGAGGCAUAUGAGGUAUUUCGGGCUGGUGACUGGGAGUGGAAUUACUGGUGGCACCGUAACGCGGAUGCCUUGAAAUACAUUCAAAUAAUAGAGGGGCUAUUCAUUGGUGAGAUUGUGAGACGACUAGAAGCAGUUUCUCACGGCACUCUUAACAGAGUCUAUACCCACAACUUUAUUCACGAUGGUGAUAUUGGACCCAUACUUGGUGCUUUGGGCGCGCAGCAGAUAAGGUGGCCUGGCAUGGCUUCCAACAUCGCCUUUGAGAUCUGGAAAACUACCAAGGAAAGGUUCUUUGCCCGCGUCUUAUAUAGCGGACAUGCGCUAAGAACAGCUGAUGGCUCUUUGGAGUGGGUCGACUUGUCAGUGUUGACAGAUCGACUGAAAGCUUAUGUUCCGGAGGACAUUAUUUCAAUGUGUAACUCCUGA